AUGACUGAGAAUGGAGGCCGAGAGCCUCAGAUGAUGCACUUGCAUCAACGCCAGUCAUCUCGUGGGCUGUUCUCUCCCGAAGUUGUUGAUCUUGUGCUGCCACCCCUGAAGUUUGGCACUGCUGGUGUUCUGGCUGGUGUUGGAGGCUCGAUUUUUAAAGAGGCAAACCCUAUAAUUUGGGGCGCGGUUUCGGGUUUCCAAUGGUUCACUUUAGGAACGAGCUUUUGGUGUAUUGUUCUAAAAGCAUGGGGCGGUGAGGAAAGACUCAAGAAUUCCGAAAAGACAAUGGCCAGUGCAAUAUCUGGUACAGCAGCAGGCGCUGUUGGUGGCUUGAUCCGGGGGCCCAAGAAUAUUCUGCCCGCUAUGUUUGUCUGGACAACAGUGGGAGCUGUUGGGCAGAUAAUAGCAAACCGCAUGGCAGUUCGCAAGCCCAAGGUGGAUGAUGAUAAGGGAGGAUUCUUCACGCGGUGGACUCCGCUCAAGAAGCUCACAGACCAGGAGUAUAAGGAUAUGAUGUUUGAAAAGAUGCUACGGAUAGAUGCUGACAUUGCGCUUAUUGACGAGCGUAUCGUUGAGCUACGGAAACAAGCUGAGGAGGAAUCUAGAAAUAAGCCUUCGACGCAAUAA